AGCUACUUGACUAUUGUCCUUAUACUGGACAAAGUUCGUGUGGAUGAUGGACAGUGGCACUAUUAUGAAGUCAGGUGGUUUGAAAAAGGUGCCAUUGACUUGUUCUUGGAUUACGAACAGUAUAAGUGGGUGAGUUUAAAAAACUAAGUGUAGUGAAAACAUGAGAUAUUUCCAUAACAGUAUAAGUGGGUGAGUUUAAAACUUAGUGUAGUGAAAACAUGAGAUAUUUCCAUAAAUAGUAAGUUUUAACGCUAUGUGUUGGAAAAAAAAAAGAGACAUAUUCAUGACCUGCUUAGUUUACAAGUUAGUUUACAACCAAAUAAAAAAAUGAACAAAUUUUUGUACAUAAAUGAACAUAUUUUUGUACAAAGAAGCAUAGUUUGGAAGUAUCUUUCCAUUAAUAUUUGUAAGCAUCUAUCUUUACUAAAGUUUGCUGAUUGAAAGUAAUUUGUUUAUAAAAAACAGUUUGAAUUGAACAUAGACUAGAUAUUGAUUGAACCUUGUACCAGACCAGGAGGGACUUCAUGGAUUAUUUUUAAUUUUCUGAAAAUUAAAUUGUUUGUAGGUAUAUUUUUUUUAAAUCGCUCGUCUUGUUUGUGGAGCAAAUCAUCGGAAGCAAACAGCAUAGUUAAAAUGGCUGUUGUGAAACAAUUUCAGAAAUUUCAAAAUGUCACAACUUCAAUUAUGGGUAAAGAUGUCACUCUGAUAUACGUGGGAGCGUCCAGAGACGGCAACAAACCGAUGGCCAAUUUCUUGACUGGAUGUUUUAAGG